UCACAGUGUUCAUAGUUGAUUGUCUAAAAGUUCUCUUGAGUAGUUUUCUCACCUGAGCUGACAUCAUGGCUUUACGGCGAGCUCUACAUUUCGUUUUUAAAGUGGGGGAUAGAGGCAAAACAGCCACUUUCUACCGUGAUGUGCUUGGCAUGAAGAUUCUCCGUCAUGAGGAGUUUAAGGAGGGCUGCAAGGCAACGUGUAAUGGCCCUUACGAUGGGAGAUGGAGCAAGACCAUGAUCGGUUUUGGUGCAGAAGAAGACCAUUUUGUGGCUGAACUGACCUACAAUUAUGGAGUUGGAGAGUAUCGACUAGGCAACGAUUUCCUGGGGCUCACGCUGCAGUCUAGCCAGGCUGUCAGCAACGCCAAGCGCCUCGGUUGGCCCCUCUCUGAGGUAGGAGAGGAUCUCUAUCUGGCAGAGGCUCCGGGGGGGUACCACUUCUACCUGGUAGACAAAGAACAGCCUCCCAAUGAUCCUGUGCAGAAGGUGUGCCUGGCAGUGUCCGACCUGGAGCGAUCCACUCACUACUGGUCUUCCCUUCUGGGAAUGCAGGUGAUGGAGAGGAACGAGGAGAAAAAAACUGUGCUUUUGGGAUUUGGAGACAGUCAGUGCAAGCUGGAGCUCAAUGAUAUUGGCGGUAAAGUUGAUCAUGGAACAGCUUUCGGGCGGAUUGCCUUUUCAUGUCCUCGGAAGCAGUUAACAGACAUCGAGGCCCUCAUGAAAAAAGAGAACCAGAAAAUCCUCACUCCAUUGGUCAGCCUUGAUACCCCUGGGAAGGCAACAGUAGAAGUGGUCAUUUUAGCCGACUUAGAUGACCAUGAGAUAUGUUUUGUUGGAGAUGAAGCAUUCAGACAACUCUCAAUAAUAGACCCCAAUGGAAAUGCUUUGCUAGAUAAGGCAAUGGCUGAAGACAAAAGUAAUGAAUGGUUUGCCAAACACAACAAGCAGAAAGCCUCUGCAUAAAUCCUUUGAAAUAAAUGUCAAGGCUCUACAUAAAAUAAACUUGAAUGUAUUUUAUGAACCUUGUGUGAAAUUACCUCACACCGUCAUCACAUCCAAACAAUGCAUAAAUAUGUCUUAUAAAAUAUUUAUGUGUAUGUAUACAAAGGGACACUUGACAAGUUUACUGCUAAAUUUGGGUUACGCAUUAUGAAGGCUGCUACUUGUCAGAUAUGGUGACCUCUGUGGAACUGGCUCUGUGAUGAUUCCCAAUGAGAAAACAUGUGUCAAGAUUAGUGUAAAGGGAUGACAUAACUACCCCAAACAAUAGUUUGAAAUUUUGACUCCUUUAGUCAGCAGUUACAGUGGGGUGACACAUUCUGAUGGCCGUCAAAAAUAUGUUGACCUCUGUGGUACUGGCUCUGUGAGAAAACAUGUCCAGAUUAGUGUGAAAGGAUGACAUAACUACACUACACAAGUUUCAAUAAAUACAAAUAUUCAAAUAUAGCUGCAAGCAGCAAUGGCGGAUUCCUCCUUGAAAAUUGCAAAAUGUUAUAAAAUUGACACAAUGGAUAGUUACACUGGGAUUAACCAGAAGACUUGCAAUUGUAAUUUCUGUCAGAAUUUUUUUUUAAUACCUCUGACUGGAUUCAAACCCAUCACCCUUCACACAUCACACAUCAGCCCUGCAUCUCUCCUACUAAGCCAUUCACAGACUUGGACACUGUAUAUCAUCCCUUCACACUAAUCCGGAACCAUAUUUUCUGAUUUGGAGCGAUCACAGAGCCAAUACCACAGAUGUCACCAUUUCGGACGGCUGUUAGAAUGUGUGACCCAAAAAUAAAUAAAU